GGGGUGUCUCAUCAGUUUUUUAUCUGCCCAUUGUAGCGAGAGCUUUGACUUUAUUAAUUUAAGGCUAGGUGGGUGCCAGCGUGGAUUAACAGCGGACGAUCCCAGCAGCUGAGGAAAUUUGGAGUCAACGAAGGAGGCAGCGCAACUAGGUCUCCAGGAUUUUCCAUGCUGACCAUUGCCUGAUUGGCUCGUGGUCAAAGGAGUUUUUCUGCAGAAAUCUCUCUACAAGGAACAGAGAGUCUGGCACGGUCUGAUUGCAUGAAACAUUCCACAGCCACAAGGUCAUACAAGCACUGGAUGCAGCAAAGAUGAAUAGAGACUUAAGAUACUGGAAGGAAUCAGCGACUGUGAUCCUGGCUGCUGGUAUCCGAAAGCACAGUUUGAGUAAAAUCGCUACAAAUACGCAAACCUGUCAACCACCACAAGGAAAGAAUCCACCUCAGUCACGCUUGGAGAAGUCAAUAUUUGAUUAUGCCUUGCUUAUGUUACAACGGAAUAUGAGGAGCAAAUUUUUACCUAAUAUGUAUGUGUUCCCAGGAGGUCAAAUCAGCCCAGCUGAUUUUUCCAGUGAAUGGAUACAGUUGUUCCAUCCUUUUUGCCAGCCACCCAACUUUAAGCUGAAUACAGUCAAACAAACUGCUAGGAGGUCUCCGAUCUUUGCAGUAGACAGGAGAAAGCUAGGAUCUCAAAUAUCUGGGGAGGUAGCUUUCCGUAUUUGUGCCAUUAGGGAGACUUUCGAAGAGUCAGGAGUACUCCUUGUGAAGCCAAAUCACCCUGAUAAAGACUUGAACAGCCAAGGGGUCAUACAGCUUACACAAUACAACCAAAACAAACUUGCAAGUUGGAGAUCACUUGUGCAGGAAAAUGCAGUGAAUUUUAUAAGACUGUGCAAAGAGUUGGACUGUUUACCAAAUAUUUGGGCAUUGAAGGAGUGGAGUAAUUGGUUGACCCCCACUUUUCAGGGAGGAAGGAGGUUCGAUACUGCAUUCUUCAUUUGUUGUUUGGAAGAAAUUCCUUUUACUGUACAUGAUGGUUGUGAAAUAAGCUUUCACAGUUGGAUGACCCCUACUGAGGUGAUUGAGCAUCACCAAUCUGAGAAACUCUUCAUUCCUCCCCCACAAUGGUAUGAGGUAGGAAGACUUUGCCGAUUUCCUUACCUCCAAGAUUUGGAGCAGUUUAGCCAAGAUCGUUCUGUGGAAGGUUGUGAGCGAUGGUUUCCAGUCCGUCUACUUGCAUCUGAUGGUUUUGCUACCUUGUAUCCUGGGGAUGAACUUUAUCCAGAAGAUCCGGAUUUCACAGGGGAAACAGAAAUAAACUUGACUUCCUCCAAAUCUCUGAAACAAUUACGGCUGGAAGUUACCAGACUGCACCGGACAGAAUUGCGAAACCUGUAUGAUUAUACUCUGUAUGUGAAUAUUGAACCCCGAUAUAAACAUGUGCACCCAUUAAUGAUAAACAGUCAUCCCAAUAGUAAUCUCUGAAUUAUCUGACUAGCAAGCAAAAUAAAUGAGUCUAAAAUAAAAUAUACA